UCCCAUUACAUCAACAUGUCCGCACCCCCUGAAGUCGUAUUCUCAAACGAUGUUCGCAAUAUGGACGAAUGGGCAAAACGAACACAUAUUCCGCUCACCAGCGCUGACGCCCUCGGCACGGCGUACGCCCGGGCCCGGCGGUGGCUGAUGGCACUCAAAACACAACUGGUUCAACAUCACGGAUGGCGAGAUGUGAACCCUUCUGACUCACGAAUGCUCUUCUCCAUCGAGUGCUCUCCCCCUCACCGCUCGUCCAGCGGUGUCCCUCGCUCACCGAACAUGCACCUCCAAAUCCCUCUCAAUGCCUCGUCAUUCUUCAGCCCCGACCGUCGCGUUCAGUGGGAGAUGGUGUUCCAUAGUGCGGUCUUCCCCAGCAUGCGCCAUACGGUCACUCCCAUCGCCGACCUCCUCCACCUCCUCCAAUGCCUACUCACCGGCGUUCUCGUGCUCGUGAAGGAGGAGAGAGUCCCGGGCGAAGGUCUCUAUCGCACAAUACGUGCCCUUCCUCCCGUCGAAUGGGUCAGCUCCCAUGAGCAAAUGCUCGUCGAAGUCUUCGGUGCCACCCACUAUCGCGCCCUCUUCCGCGCUGCCGGCGACAAACGCCUCUCCUUCAAACUCGACCACGAACCUUGAAGCCCCUUACCCAUCUUCUCCAUGUUGGAAACCCUUGUCGACGCUGGGGCAGUCCGCGCGGUCGAGGCUCGUUCGCGAGAGGGGUAUCACAGCAUGGUGGACGUGUACUUGCCGCAAGGCGCGAUGAUCUCUCUUUCUCCUUGUUACUGGUUGACGGGACUGUUUUCUCCUUAUCUUAUCCAUCACGCAUGUCCAAAAGCUCUCACCGUACCUCCCGUUUAAUCAUCUUGACCUGCUAGCCAUUUAAUCCCGCCUAUGAUCCUCCCAUUAAUAUCACUAGACUCUGUUGUUGCAUAUACUUAUUCGCCUUGCUCUGCUUUUCCACCCGUGUUUUCCUGUUUCUUUGACACCCCCACCUCUCCUCUCGACUAAUCGCUACCGCACGCUCCAUCCUCCGCGUCACAGUAUGCUUUUCUUCACGUUCGCCGUAUGUAUUCCCAGCUUAUUGUCAUUAUCGCUCUGUAUCGCAGCCUGGUCACCAC